UACAGAGAAGCAACGGGAAGAAGAAAAAGCGAAGAAGAAUCGAAGCGAAAAAAACGAUUAUUUGGGCACUGAAACCUUCGUCUUCGCCUUCUUCAUCAUCAGUUCUCUCUCUCUCUCUCUCUCUUUCUCUUCGUCUCUCCCUCGCCGUUCCCUCUUCUUCGAUCCACCGGCCUCUAGGGUUUGAUCCCUGGAGCCCGGAGGAGGAGCGAUCCGUGGGGUUCUGAUACCUUUGUUGUAGAUCUCGGCAGCGAAGAGGCGGAUCUGGUGUUUUGAUUAACUGGAUGGCGCUCUCUGGGAUGAGAGGACUCUCGGUGUUCAUCAGUGAUGUGCGGAACUGCCAGAAUAAGGAGCAGGAGCGACUCAGGGUUGACAAGGAGCUCGGCAAUAUCCGUACCCGAUUCAAGAAUGAGAAGGCCUUGUCACCUUAUGAGAAGAAGAAAUAUGUCUGGAAAAUGCUUUACAUCUACAUGCUGGGAUAUGAUGUGGAUUUUGGUCAUAUGGAGGCUAUUUCUUUAAUUUCUGCACCAAAGUAUCCUGAAAAGCAGGUUGGAUAUAUUGUGACGUCUAGCUUACUUAAUGAGAACCAUGACUUUCUUCGGAUGGUUAUAAAUACUGUUCGCAAUGACAUAAUUGGUCGCAAUGAAACCUUCCAAUGCCUGGCACUUACUAUGGUAGGAAAUAUUGGUGGUAGAGAAUUUGCUGAAUCAUUAGCUCCUGAUGUUCAAAGGCUUCUUAUUUCGAGUAGUUGUAGACCUCUUGUAAGGAAGAAAGCUGGUUUAUGUCUUCUGCGCCUCUAUAGGAAAAAUGCUGAUGUUGUGAAUAUUGAUGGAUGGUCAGAUCGGAUGGCACAACUUCUUGACGAGCGUGACUUGGGAGUUUUGACAUCUGUCAUGAGUCUUUUUAUUGCUUUAGUCUCUAACAAUACUGAGGCAUAUUGGAACUGCCUUCCAAAAUGUGUUAAAAUUCUUGAGAGGCUAGCAAGAAGCCAAGAUGUUCCACAAGAGUACACUUAUUAUGGAAUUCCAUCUCCUUGGCUUCAGGUUAAGACAAUGAGAGCUCUUCAGUACUUCCCAACUAUUGAGGACCCCAAUACUAGAAGAUCUUUGUUUGAGGUUCUACAACGUAUUUUAAUGGGCACUGAUGUGGUAAAAAAUGUGAACAAAAAUAAUGCUUCACAUGCUGUUCUUUUUGAAGCUCUUGCUCUGGUUAUGCACCUCGAUGCUGAAAAAGAGAUGAUGUCUCAGUGUGUGGCUUUGCUUGGGAAGUUCAUAUCUGUUCGAGAACCAAAUAUCCGCUAUCUUGGCCUAGAAAAUAUGACUAGGAUGUUGUUAGUAGCAGAUGUGCAGGAUAUUAUUAAAAGGCAUCAAGCCCAGAUUAUUACUUCCUUGAAGGAUCCUGAUAUCAGCAUUAGAAGACGCGCACUUGAUUUACUUUACGCCAUGUGUGACAUUACAAAUGCAAAAGACAUAGUUGAGGAGUUACUACAGUAUCUCAGCACUGCAGAUUUUGCCAUGCGUGAAGAGUUGGCGCUAAAGGCUGCCAUUCUUGCUGAGAAGUUUGCGCCGGACCUAUCUUGGUAUGUUGAUGUUAAUCUUCAGCUAAUUGAUAAAGCAGGGGAUUUUGUCAGUGAUGACAUUUGGUACCGUGUGGUCCAAUUUGUGACCAACAACGAGGACUUGCAGCCAUAUGCAGCUGCGAAGGCAAGAGAUUACCUUGACAAACCUGCUUUGCAUGAGACCAUGGUCAAGGUUAGUGCUUAUAUUCUUGGAGAAUACAGCCACCUUUUGGCCAGAAGACCUGGGUGUAGUCCAAAAGAAAUAUUUGCUAUCAUUAAUGACAAGCUCUCCACAGUAUCGCCACCUACUGUUGCUAUUCUCCUUUCAACAUAUGCGAAGAUUUUGAUGCAUACACAGCCUCCAGAUUCAGAAUUACAAGAACAAGUCUGGGCGAUAUUUAGGAAAUAUGAGAGCUAUAUUGAUGUUGAGAUACAACAAAGAGCUGUUGAAUAUUUUGCAUUGAGUAGGAAAGGCGCAUCUUUGGUGGACAUAUUGGCUGAAAUGCCCAAAUUCCCAGAGCGGCAGUCGGCUUUGCUGAAGAAAGCUGAAGACACUGAAGUGGACUCUGCAGAACAAAGUGCUAUAAAGCUACGUAGUCAACAGCAGAUGUCAAAUGCACUGGUAGUAACUGAUCAACACCCUCCCAGUGCCUCUGUACCAGUCAGCCAACCUGGACCUGUAAAAGUGCCAAGUCAAAAUUUGGAUGGAAGUUCUCCUGAUCAAGGAAUGGCCAAAGUUAAUGGGACUGUUGACAAAAUUGAUACACAACCUGUUCCAUCUGCUGACCUCCUUGGUGAUUUAUUGGGACCACUUGCUAUUGAAGGUCCCCCAGGACCAACUCCUUCAGAAGAGCAAAAUCCAAUUUCUGGAUAUGAGGCUGCUCCAAAUUCAGCAGAUGCCUUGGCUUUGAGUACUACUGAAGAUUCAGAUGCAGUUCAGCCAAUCGGCAAUGUUGCAGAUAGGUUUCAUGCUCUGUGCCUGAAAGACAGUGGGGUGCUUUAUGAGGACCCAUAUAUUCAGAUUGGCUUAAAAGCAGAAUGGCGAGCACAUCAUGGGCGACUUGUUCUUUUCUUAGGGAACAAGAAUACUUCACCGCUUGUUUCAGUGCGAGCUUUAAUAUUGCCACCAGCGCAUUUGAAAAUGGAAUUAUCAAUGCUACCUGAAACCAUUCCUCCAAGAGCACAGGUGCAAUGCCCACUUGAAGUUGUAAAUCUUCGAGCAAGCAGAGAUGUUGCUGUUCUUGAUUUCUCCUAUAAAUUUGGAACUAUAGCGGUUAAUAUCAAGUUACGCUUACCAGCUGUCUUAAACAAGUUCCUACAACCAAUAUCAGUCUCAGCUGAAGAAUUUUUUCCCCAGUGGAAGUCAUUGUCUGGACCACCUUUGAAACUUCAAGAAGUGGUCAGGGGAGUUAAACCAAUGCCUAUUCCUGAACUGGCCAACUUGUUCACCAACCUUCAACUAGCUGUUACUUCAGGACUGGAUACAAACCCCAACAACCUGGUUGCAAGCACAACCUUCUUCUCAGAUAGUACAAAAGCCAUGCUUUGCUUGAUUAGAAUAGAAACAGAUCCAUCCGACAGAAGUCAGUUACGGUUAACAAUUGCCUCAGGGGAUCCAGCUCUAACUUUUGAGUUGAAGGAGUUGAUCAAAGAAUACAUGAUCAGUGUUCCGACAGCAUCUCCGGUACCCACACCAUCGCCAGCACCAUUACAGCCACAAUCACCACCUGUUGCUGAUCCAAACGAUCCCGGUGCCAUGCUCGCUGGACUGCUUUGAAAUGAUUUACACAUUGAUAUAUUUGAUUUUCAACCCUUAUUCUGCCUUGACCCCAAGCAAAGCCCAGGUAUUUACUUUAAAGAACUGGAAACAUGGAAGGAGUGAGUAUUCUUGAAGCAGAGGGGCUUGCAGGCAGAACGAACGAAGCUUGUAUUAGACGAUCAGCAAGAUAUCUGAUUACAAUUUUCCAUAAUGAGCUUCCAAAUUCUUUGGGGUCUUUGCUCAAAGCCCCUUGAGGUAGUGUGCUAUUCUGAUUCCUUUACCUCACUUUUGUUUUUUUGUCUUUCUAUUUAUUUCUGUUGGGGUUGUUGGUUGAGUUCUUGUUAUUUGAUGAUGAUUUUGUGGUAUUUUUAGCUUCAGCACUUUGCAUCAUGGCCAUUGUAAAAGUUUCCCACUGUAACAACCAAUUUAAUGCUUGUGUAUCAAUAAGAACAGUUAAAGAAACAUUCAGAGAGGUGUGGUUAUGUAAUGUAAA